GGUGUUCAAGAAGACCAGCCCCAACAGCAAGCUGUCCAUCUACCUGGGGAAGAGAGACUUUGUGGAUCACGUGGAGUCAGUGGACUCCGUAGAUGGCGUCUGCCUGAUCGACCCAGAGUACCUAAAGGACAGAAAAGUGUAUGUGACACUGACUUGUGCGUUCCGCUACGGCCGAGAUGACCUCGACGUUAUUGGGUUGACCUUCAGGAAGGACAUCUAUGUCCUGACCACCCAGAUCUUCCCACCGGUGCCGGACCAGGCACCCAAAAGCCUCACUCCUUUGCAGGAGAAGCUGAUGAAGAAGCUUGGGGAGAACGCCUACCCCUUCACCUUCGAGAUCGCCACCAACCUGCCCUGCUCGGUCACCCUCCAGCCGGGACCAGACGAUGUGGGAAAGGCCUGCGGUGUGGACUUCGAGGUCAAAGGAUUUUGUGCUGAAAAUCUGGAGGAGAAAAUUCACAAGAGGAACUCAGUGCGCCUCGUCAUCCGCAAGAUCCAGUUUGCACCCGUGAAGACGGGGCCAGCCCCAAAGUCAGAGACCACCCGGCAGUUCAUGAUGUCCGACAAGCCCCUGCACCUCGAAGCCUCCCUGGAUAAGGAGAUCUACUACCACGGAGAUCCCAUCAAUGUGACCGUCAACAUCAACAACACCACCAACAAGAUUGUGAAAAAAAUUAAGAUUUCAGUUGAUCAGAUCACAGAUGUCGUCCUCUAUUCGCUGGAUAAAUACACGAAGACUGUGUGCACCGAGGAGAUAAACGAGAAUGUGGGGGCCAACUCCACCUUCUCCAAAACAUACUCCGUCACCCCGACGCUCUCGGCCAACCGUGAGAAGCGAGGCCUCGCUCUCGAUGGCAAGCUCAAGCACGAGGACACCAACCUGGCCUCCUCCACCAUCCUGAGACCCGGCAUGGACAAGGAGGUCCUGGGCAUCCUGGUGUCCUACAAAGUGAAGGUCAACCUGGUGGUGUCCCGAGGAGGCAUCCUGGGGGAUCUCACUUCCAGUGACGUUGGUGUCGAGCUGCCUGUCAUCCUGAUGCACCCGAAGCCUGUGGACAAUAAGCCAAGCGAGGAGGACAUCGUCAUCGAGGAAUUCGCUCGCCAUAAACUCAAGGGGGAGAAAGACGACGAAGAAGAGAAGGAGGAGGCUGAGAAAGAGGAAAGCUAA